AAUUUAAAAUAUCUUCUAAAGAUAAUGUAGAACAUUUCUGUAAAGGCACUUGUACUUCUCUUACUCUACUCUACGUCUAAAUAAGAGAGAGAACCAAAAAAAAGAAACAGAGAAAGAAUCGAUGGAGACGAUGAAGGUUGAAACCAUCGGUAAAGAAAUCAUAAAGCCAUCUUCCCCAACUCCAAAUGAUCUCCGAACUCUCCAACUCUCAAUUUAUGAUCACAUCCUUCCUCCGAUUUACACAGUAGCCUUUCUCUUCUACACCAAAAAUGAUCUCAUCUCUCAAGAACACACUUCCCACAAACUCAAGACUUCUCUGUCCGAAACCUUGACCAAGUUCUACCCUCUUGCCGGAAGAAUCAACGGAGUAACCGUAGAUUGUAACGAUGAAGGAACUAUCUUUGUCGAUGCUCGUGUCAAUAACUGUUCUCUCUCUGAUUUUUUCAAAUGCCCUGGUUUCGACUCCCUCCAACAGUUGCUUCCUCUAGACGUUGUGGACAACCCAUACAUGGCUGCUGCGACCUGGCCUUUGCUGCUUGUGAAGGCAACUUACUUCCAAUGUGGAGGCAUGGCAAUAGGAAUCUGCAUCUCUCAUAAGAUUGCCGACGCAACCUCUAUCUCUAGUUUCAUUAAGAGCUGGGCUGGUAUGGCUCGAGGAGAGGCCGAAGACGGAGUGGCGGGUACCGAGUUUGCCGCAGCAAACUUCUACCCACCAGCCAACGAGGCCUUUAAGUUUCCGGUGGAUGAACAAGCCAACAAGAGAAGCAGUAUCACGAAGAGAUUUGUGUUCGAUGCUUCUAAGUUAGAAGAGUUGAGCACUAAAGUCGCUAGUGCAGAAGCCGUAGACAGACCUACACGGGUGGAGAGCGUCACUGCGCUUUUCUGGAAAGGGUUCGUCUCUGCGGCAUCCUCAACGACUACUACUUGUGAUCUGAAAGUGUUGAUCCAACCAGUUAACUUGCGCUCCAAGAUACCCUCGCUUCUGUCACAAAACUUGAUCGGAAAUGUCAUGUUCUCUUCUGUGGUUUUGAGUGUUGGUCAAGAAGGGGAAGUGAAAAUUGAAGAGGCCGUUAGAGACUUACAGAAAAAGAAGAAUGACUUACAAAUUGUGAUCCAAGACGAGGAGGGGUCAUCUUCAAUGAUCGGUUCUAAACUUGCAAAUCUGAUGCUCACUAAUUAUUUGAAGAUGAGCUAUGAGACUCAUGAGCCCUACACCGUGAGUAGCUGGUGCAAGCUACCACUUUACGAGGCUAGUUUUGGAUGGGGAUCUCCAGUUUGGGUUACCGGAAAUGUUGCUCCUGCUUUUGGCAACUUAGCCAUGUUGGUCGAUUCCAAAGACAAAAAAGGAAUUGAAGCGUUUGUCACACUGCCUGAAGAGAACAUGUUGUCCUUUGAGCAGAACCCAGAAUUGCUCGCCUUUGCUUCCCUGAAUCCUAGUGUCUUGGUCUAAAUCCUGCACUGAAAUUUAUUGUUUCCUUAAUAAAGAUUUGGAUACACUGAAUCUAUAUCUUCAAGAUGUAAUGCAAGAAAUGUAACCUACCGGAAAAUCAUGUUUUAUUAAUAAAACGAUGUUAUCCUACAUAAUUAUCA